AAGCUUACAAAUGAAAGGGAAACAGUAGUAAAGCAGAAGAAGCACAGAAGACCCCGCGGGGAAAUCAAGGAAAGAUCCCACACCGCAGGAUGGCCGGCGGCAACCAUCCCAAGUCUUCCCAUCACAACAAACCUCCCCCCUCCGCCUCCCACCGCAAAUCUCGCUGGGAACCCAAUUCCUCCUCCGCCAAUUCCCCAGCCGAUCCCAAAUCAAAAUCAUCUACCGCCCCUUCCCCCAAACCCAAAUCUAACACAAACCCUAACCCUAGCCCCAAACACCUCCCCUUCCCCUUCCCGGACCCCGCCCCUCUGGGCCCUCCCCCUCCUCCCGCCUACGGCUUCCACAUGCUUGAACGCCGCACCAUCGUCCUCGCCGACGGUAGCGUUCGCUCCUACUUCGCCCUCCCUCCUGAUUACCAAGACUUCGCCCCCCGCCCUCUCGACCUCCCUCCCCGCUUCUGCCUCCCCGACUACUCAUACACCGCCGCCGCCGCCAAGCGAAAAUACGGUGAUGAUGACGGCGGUCCCAGGGAUGACCUCGCCAGGCAGAGGGAGCAGCUUCUCCGUAACGCCAAUGGCAUUUCCAGGGAGCAGUUCUCUGCGGGCCCCAGUGACUUGAGGCCCUCCAAGCACUCCAGGCUCGAUGGGUUGUCGAAUUCUACGAGACACUCGCAGGUGGAUCAGGACGCGUUGAAGAAAUCCUUUUGUAACUUUUCGAAGCUCAUUAACGAGAAUGUCUCGCAGAAGAGGACUUGCUUGGAAGAUGGCAAGCAGGGGCGCCUUCAUUGUCUUGCUUGUGGCACUGGCAGGUCUGCAAAAGAUUUUCCAGAUAUGCAUGCUCUCAUUAUGCACACAUACAACCCAGAUAAUGCUGAUUCACGUGUUGAUCAUUUGGGAUUACACAAAGCUCUGUGUGUCUUAAUGGGUUGGAACUACUCAAAGCCUCCUGAUAACUCAAAGGCAUAUCAGUUUUUACCUGCUGAUGAAGCAGCAGCAAAUCAGGAUGAUCUGAUCAUGUGGCCACCUUUGGUGAUCAUUCAUAACACAAAUACCGGAAAAAAUAGAGAUGGUCGUAUGGAGGGUUUGGGAAACAAAACAAUGGAUAAUAAAAUUAGAGAGCUUGGAUUUGUUGGUGGCAAAUCAAAGUCAUUAUAUGGAAGAGAUGGUCAUUUGGGCAUAACACUGGUUAAAUUUGCUGGGGACGAAUCAGGCUUUAAGGAGGCCAUUCGACUUGCUGAACACUUUGAGAAGGAAAACCAUGGACGUAAGGAUUGGGCCCAUGUGCAGUCACAAACAUUAGGAAAGGAUGAUGAGAAUAAUGCAAACCUUGUGAAGGUGGAUGAGAAAAAAGGAGAUAAAAGGAGGGUCUUGUACGGCUAUCUUGGGACUGCUUUUGAUCUUGACAAAGUUGAUUUUGACACAAGGAAGAAGGCUGUCAUAGAGAGCAGGAGAGAAUACAAACCACCCAUGUAGUUUUUGGACUAUACAUGGGAAUGGUUAUGUAAAAUGGAAUACAUGGAAAGUCUUUCCAGUUGCAUUAUAGUCCCGAUUCCUGAAGAUGAUAAAAGCUUUUAUGUAUUGUGCUGACAGUUUCAUGUACAAUAGGAGACAUCGUUGCCAUCAUUUUUAUUUUAAUUCACAUAAUUUGUGCUGAAUUUUCCUGCCACAGUAAUAGUUAGGCACAUUAAGAAGAUUUGUUUGUCUUGCCACGAUCUGAAAACCUGGAACGCACUACUCAGUUAAAGUCAAUGACUGGAAUCUAAAGUCUUGAUCUUGUCCUCGCUUUUCCCCAUGUUGGCUGGGAACUGUUUGUUUACAGUUUAGAUUUUUUUUAAUUGCAAUGGUGGGGCAUGGAAAUUUGUACACAUGAUUUGCUGCCAACUCUGUAAAUCCCUCAUUAGUAGCCCUCCCAGUUGAUUGUUUGCAAGUCAGUUUAAUUGAUUGAUGAAAGCCUCUAUUCACUGCAAAUUCCUAGUUGAUUAUUUGUUUACUCUAUUUUUUUUUUCUUUCUUUGGCUCUUUGAAUUUUUGGAAAAGGCAGCGAGUAGAAGGCUUGGUGAUGAUAUAGAAAUAUAAAUGAUACUUGUACUGUAGUCUUGCGUUCUAAACUUAUACUGAAGUUUAAAUGAAACUUUUUAUGGUGGA